CAAAGACGAAAAGCUUUGAUUCCUCAAGAGUGAAAAUGGCGUCGUACACAGUCUCCUUUAUCCCUUUGACGCUCUCUAAUCCUCGGAUCUUUGUUUCUAGACAGAAUGGAUCUUCCUCGUCUUCUUCUCGGAUUCCUCUUACGUCUUCUCUGUUAGGUAAGAAGCUUGUGGCGACACAACCGUCGCAUCGCUGCUUCGUCCCCAAGCUCCGGUGCUUGACCUCAGCUAGCACGGUCUUAAAUGUUCCAACUGCGCAACCGGAGAAUGGUUCUUCGGAUAAGAUCCCAAAAUGGUCGGCGAGAGCUAUAAAAUCACUUGCAAUGGGAGAAUUGGAGGCUAGGAAGCUCAAGUAUCCAAGCACCGGGACUGAAGCCAUUCUCAUGGGUAUUUUAGUCGAAGGCACUAGCACAGUUGCUAAGUUCCUGAGGGGGAAUGGAGUUACGCUUUUUAAGGUGAGAGAUGAGACGAUAAGCCUGCUGGGGAAAUCAGACAUGUAUUUUUUCAGUCCAGAGCAUCCUCCUCUUACUGAACCGGCUCAAAAGGCCAUUGCCUGGGCCAUUGAUGAGAAGAAUAAAUCUGGUGUGGAUGGUGAACUAACCACGGCCUACUUGCUUCUGGGGAUUUGGUCUCAAAAGGAUUCAGCAGGCCGCCAGAUUUUGGAGAAACUCGGGUUCAACGAAGAUAAAGCCAAAGAAGUUGAGAAAUCGAUGAAUGAAAAUGUAGAUUUGAGCUUCAAGAAACAAGGUCAAUAGUGAUGAGGUUAAUUUCAAUCAGCAAGCUUCUGUAACUGUAUAUGGAGUCUUGAUUAAAGACUCAGCAAAAGGACCCCUUUCUUGAAGGAAUCACUUGAUCCAACUAGACAUUUGCAGGGGCAGGCCUUUAUUAGCAUUCACUUUCAAUACUUGUUUGUGGUUAGUUUCAUUUAACUUUUCUGUAUUAUCAGUUUAUCACAAUAUACAACUCUGGAAAAUGAUUCAGUGAUUUGAUUCUCGGAUAGGUUUAUUAUGUUACUAAAACUCACAUCCUCAA